UGGCUGUGUAGCGUAAUGGCCGUUUACGGAUGUGAAGAAGUGCUGUUCCCAGGGAGACGCUGCUGCUGUGCCUUAACACUGUAGGGCUUCAGUGGCGAAGAUUUUCCGCCAGUGAAUAUUAAUAAUAACAAUAAUAAUAAUAAGCACCAUCUCGGGUUGUACUGAAUGCUCAUGGGCAUCAUUUGGGCUUCAAAACCCUUGUUUUUUUUCUCUGGAAGCUUCUCCCAUUUCUGGAUUUAAUUCACAGCUGGCGGAGUUCUCGGUUAAGUUGCUGCACUCUCACCUCCAUGUGUUAAUGGUAAUGGAAAUGAAGAAAGACACUGCCUGAACUUCAAACCUACUGCUACCAACAGAGUGGAAGUUCUAAUGCUGCUGAGAAUGAGAUAACAUUAAAUUAUUAAGCUGCAAAUUCAGUUUUUUUAGGCCAAAGCAAAACCAUAUGAGAGGUUGAGUGCCUCGUGUUUUGCAGAAUGUUUGGGGACAUGUUUGAGGAAGAGGAAGACUCUGGCUUUGUGUGUGAGAACAAAGUGGGGAAUGGUAGAAAAUCAAGGAAAAUUGAUACUGAGCCACCAGCGCAUCGAGCAGCCUGUAAUCUCAGUGGAAUCAAAAACCAGGGAGGCACCUGCUACCUCAACUCACUGCUUCAAACAUUGCUGUAUACACCAGAAUUUCGGGAAUCAUUAUUUGCUCUAGGACCUGAGGAACUGGGAGAUUUAUCAGACAAAGAUAAGCCAGAAUCAAAGGUGCGAGUCAUCCCUUUAGAGCUACAAAGACUCUUUGCUCAGUUAUUGCUUGCAGAUCAGCUGGCAGCAUCUACAUCUGAUUUAACUGACAGCUUUGGCUGGACAAGUAAUGAGGAAACCAGUCAACAUGAUGUGCAAGAAUUAAAUCGAAUUCUGUUCAGUGCGCUGGAAAGCUCUUUAGUCGGAACCUCUGGACAUGACCUCAUUAAUAGACUGUACCAUGGAAUAGUUGUUAACAAGAUUUUCUGUGUGGAAUGUGGCAACAUUAGUGAAAGACAGGAGGACUUCUUGGACUUGACCGUGGCUGUGAAGGAUGUCAGUGGACUGGAAGAAGCUCUGUAUACCCUCUAUGUUGAAGAAGAACAUUUUGACAAUGAUAAUCUCUACCAAUGUGGAAGGUGUGAGAAAUUGGUUAAGGCAAUUAAGUCAGCAAAAAUUCGGCAUCUUCCAACGUUCCUGACUAUCUCAUUGCUGCGUUUCAACUUUGAUUUUGCCAAGUGUGAAAGGUACAAGGAGACAGGAUGCUACACUUUUCCAGUCAGACUUGAUAUGCGGCCAUUCUGUGAGCAGGAUAACCUGGCAGACACAGAGUAUGAACUUUUUUCUGUAAUCAUUCACAAAGGAGGAUGCUAUGGAGGGCAUUACCAUGCUUACAUCAAAGACAUUGACCAACUGGGCACCUGGUUCUCUGUAGAUGAAGAGAAAACAGUGAUCAACUCAACUAAAGAUCCAAUCAAGGAAGCCAACCAGUUGGAACUGGGAGGUCCCCUCGAAAUUCUGAGAGCUAUUCUAGUCCAGAUAGGACCCGAUGGCAUACUGGUUGACCAGCUGGGCCAGAAAUUACUGGAGAAGGUCGGUGUUGCAUGGAACAAAAAGUAUCGCAAGCAGUGUGGGUCUAUAAGAAAGUUUCUGGAGAGGCAUCCUGAUGUGUUUCUGCUAAAAGCAAAUGGAACAAGGGUUGCGCUAAAACCGACUGAUCACGGUUGCCCAGGGCAACAGCUCCAUAAAUCCAAUAAAGUCAGAAAGGCACAAACAGGAAAUACCACAGCCAUCAGUGAGCAAGGGAUUGAUGCAGGGAGAACGCAGUCCAUCACAUCUACUUUUGAAGAACAUUGGUUCGAUUUUGAUGAUUCCCAAGUGCGACCUAUCCGUGAGAAAGACAUUGAGAAGCAAUUUCAGGGCAAGGAGUGUGCGUACAUGUUGUUUUACAGAAAAUCUCGACUGCAGCGACCAGAACAGGCUAGAGGAAAUUCAAGGUAUAAAGUACCAGCCAACUUGGAGGAGGAGAUGGCCAGCUUAGAUGCCAGUCUUCAGAAACAAAGGGCAGAAUUUGAUUCUGCAACCAAUAACAUUGAAGUCCAUCUUCACUGGGGUCCCAAGUACAAGUUUGAAACUGGUGCCUUACAGCCUGCUUCCUCCCAGCGGGACAGUGUGUUGACAAUAACCAUAGACAGGAGAAAAACUAUUGGUGAUCUCAUGCAGACCAUUUUCCAGCAGUUGGAAUUCUGGAAUGGCGAUAUGGUAAUAACUCGUGCCAAGCAACUGCCAGCUGGUCUUCAUCUUUAUGAGACCUUUAAAGAGGAUCAUAUCUCUCUGUACAGUUUGGGCAUUACAGAUGGAACAACUCUUUUUGUAUGGAGUGGUAACAAGGUUGGUGGUGUAAAGAUACAAACGGGUGAGGAGUUUGAGCCGUUACUACUUAAAAUACUGUAUCCCAGAAUGAGGCGUAAAUCAGAAACUGAAACCAUACACUACAACGAGACACAAAAGGUGUUCACCCGGAACACAUUGCUCAGUUCAGUUCGAGAAGCUCUUGCCUUAUCAACAGGAAUUUCUCCAGAGGAGUUAACUCUUUUUUAUAAGAGAUUGGAGAAUGAAAUGUCCUCAAAUUGGGUUGCGUAUGCCAGUGAAGAUGCACACAAAACCCUAGCAGAAUUAAAACUUAAGGAUGGCGAUUCCGUGUUAGCAACAGACCAGAAAUACUAUGACCUGAGUGUUCCCUGUCCCAAUGAUAUCCUUGUAAAUGUAGCACCACAGACUGAUCGCAGCUGGCUACAGAUCAAGAAUUACUGUGGUGAAGGAUUGUCACAAUCUGCAGGGGCAGUGGUGACUGUUGCAGUUACUAUGGAGAUGCUCGUUUCAGAAAUUAAAGCUAAUGCAAUUGAGAAACUGGAGGAGAGAAGUGAAAAAGAAAAUGAGAUCUGUCUGAGACCAAUUGACAGAGUUGGAAAGCUCCUCCCACCAGUAUAUGAAAAUUUGACCGUGAAAGAAGCUGGGUUGAAAACAGGAAGCACUUUGGCACUUUUUCCUGGCUGUACUCCAACUGACACACAGCUAUUCUUGUAUUUCACUAUUGGGGACAGAAUUCACUUAAACUCAGAAAUGGAGAUUGUGGUAGAACGGAGCAGCUCAGUCCGAGAGUGCUUGAAGCUGAUGUUGGAGAAAGCUGGAUUAUCAGGAGAAAAUUGGCACUUAAGGAAAACUGAUUGGUGCUAUGAUGCUGGAGAAGUUUUGAAAGAUGAGGAAGCUACAGUGGCAGACAUGAAAAUAACCAAUGGAGACACACUUGUUCUCAUGGAAGGGCGACUUCCACCAAAGGGAUUUCUGAUGUUACCUGUAUGGUUCUACCAAUCUACACUGAACUCAGUAAACUCGGGGUACAUUCAAGAGAAGCAAAAAAGCAUUGAAGACAGGCUUUGUUCUUUAAGUAUCUUGUCCACUGCAAGAGACUUUUCGCUGCAGCAGAAUAUGGACACUGACUUGGAAUUUGUGGGCAAUAUUGAGAUAUCUCGUGAUGCUAGUCUCGAGGAUUUAAAAACUCAGGUUUUGACUUUGCCAUUGCUUCAAGGUCUUUCUGUCCCUUCAGUGAAGUUCCUCAGGGUCUGGCUGCUCGAAAAUAAGUGUCCUGUUAAGAUCCUGCGGAACCAGCAGCAGCAGCUCAGCAAAUUCAAGCUGGAGAGUUCUGCAGAGAUUGGAAUUCAGCUGCUUCAAGCAGAAGAGCAGCUGGCGUCCACUGAGUUGUUGCUACAGUUGCGGAUGGGUGUGCCUGGCGAAAGGACCUAUUAUCCAGCAGAGGAGAUUGUCUGGGACGUGUCCAAAGAAUCCACAACUCGGGCUCUUAGACAGAGAAUUUCUCAGCACUACUCGCUAGCACCAGAACAUAUUGAAAUUGCCAAACAGUUAACAGAUCAGUUUGAAUGGAUGCCAAUAACUACCUGGAGCCAACAAGUUUCAAAGAAGAAGAAGAAAAAGAAACUACAGAGUGUGCAGGGGGCACCAUAUUAUCUGAAAGACGGAGACAUUAUUGGAGUUAAGAAUCUGUUAAUUGACAACAAUAAAGACUUCAGCACCAUUGCUGAUGACAUUGGGAAGGAAAAACUCAGACUUGAAGACUGUAAUAAGAACAAACGUGAACAAGCUACUGCGCAUCAGAGUGGCGACUCCACAGAAGCUAGCGAAAAGCAGGUAGUUCGUGGUCGUACCCGCAGACCGGAAGUUGCCUUGUCUAUCAGUGUGGCAGACUUCAGAUAAUGGCUGCAGAAAUUGGAAGUGGCCAGCUGGAAGAAGUUGUGAGCUUUUCUCUUAUUAUCGGAAGCUCGUAGCUGAGUAAGAGCAGUGAAAGUACAAUCAGUGGCUCAUCUUCUAUGAAAUGCAAAGAAGUAAAGGUAGCCAGUUAUAAAGUGAGGGUUGAAAAUAAGUUGGCAAAAGCUGCCAGGUUCUUCAUGACCGUUUGUUGGUACCCUAAGAAGAUUCUCUUUCAUCUUCUCAGUCUGAGAAGAGAAAUCCAGCAGGAGAUGUUAUCAAAACAGAUUGAAGAACCAUCGCCAGAGGACUUGGGGUUCGUUGGUCAAUAACUGCCAGAAUGAAUACUUAAGAGAUUUUUUUUAUUUCAUGCAAAUAUUCAAUCUUUUUAAGAAAAAAAAAUUAUCUAUGCAAUAAAUGGGAAUCUAUUCCCAAGGAAAAUGUCAAUGCUUCUAACACAAACAACUGGUGUUCAUUGAUGUGGCAAAGCCUCAGUAUUGCAGUCAUCAAUACGUAGUAAUGGUAAUUGGUAAUUUUGGUCAUGUGUUCUUGUGAAAAUUUCUCUUGGACUUGGUUCUGAUCUGAUUGAUGUAUUGACUGAAUUUUCAUGGGCCAUAAAAUCCAAAGCAGGAUCACAUCACAUAAAAGAGUGUUAAUUUUGAAAUGUUUUUUUUCUAACAUAGGAUGGUUAUAGGAAAAGAAACAAUUAAAGUGGAUUUUAUGGUCUAAUUUUCAGUGAGGACCUGACCUGCUGGCAAGGACUAUGUGCCUCACGUGAACACUCGCAACCUCAGGAGUUCGCAGUUCAGAGAAAGCUCUGCUAUCUAGUAAUGAUACACAAGGUGAUAAUUUGAGAUAGACUUAGAGUAUAUAAUGUACGAAAAAAAAAUGUAUAGCCUUAUGUUGCAAGUGGAGUAACAUCUUUUAAAGAGCCACUGUUUUCCUAUUUAAACUUUUGUUCUUCACUAGAAAACUAACACAAUUUCCCCCUCGAUCAGUUAUUUUGCUGAUUGUUUUACACAAUGCCUUAAAAGACACCUAACCUCUUGUAAAUUAGAUAUACACUCAAAACUUUAUCUAUGUGCCAAUAGGAUGUAUUAAAUCCCUCCUGCUAAUAUAUUAUUUUUACUCCUGUUCAAAUCUUUGGAUGUUUUGCUAGUAAGUGCUAAGUGGCUAGAACAAAAUCCUUACCAAGUCUAACACUGAGUAGCACAGGAAUGAGGAGUCUAUUUUGUUAAUCUAGUCAUAAACAUUCCAAAAAGUAGUUGUCCACUGAUCCCACUUAAUGGAAUUUCACUAUUAACGUAUAUGUACUGUAUGGUGCCAUUUGCAGGGAUUGCAAUGUGUAUAAAGGAAAGUCAAGCUUGCACUCAGUUUAUUCAAGGAUGAAAGAUUAUAACAAAUUCUCUCCAUUGCCCUUCUAAACAAGCAUCGUUGCUGUAAUUUACUUCAGAUUUUAUCAAACAAAAACAGGUUAAUUUGCUACAGUGAUCUGCAGUUGCUUUUGGGACAGAUUUGCCUAUAGUUUUUAAAACAAGAAAACAAGCUAUGAAUAAUAAUGACGAGACAGGAGAAAUUUAAAGAAUCAAUUAGAAAUGUUGCAGCCAUCCUUUAUUUCAGCAUUUUCAUCUUGUUUCUUAAAAUUACAAUUAGUAAGUUAUAUAACUGCCUCCUGUGGAACAGGAUGCAAAGAGUUGCCUUGAAAAUGAAGUUUAGGUUCCAGAUAUUAAUGACUCAGUGACUAACUUCAUCGGGAUAUGUGAUGCGACUUAGCAGCUGCACUUAGUUUACUUUUAAGUUUGAACUUUAUUAUAUAAAUUGUAGAAUAGUUUUGAGUGAUCUAUGACUUUGCUCUGAAUUGUGAAUGUGAUUAGGUGUAUUAUAUGAAUGUGGCAUGACAUGAAGUUUUCAUGGUGCACUGUAAUUUGUGAUUGGCCAAUGAUAAACAAUUUUAAGAAAAUCUUAUUACAAUCAAUUUGAACUGAAAAUCUGUGGUAACAUGCAAGAAUGCUGCUGAUUUGAUUGAGGAGGAGGAAGAGGAGAAGUUGUAUUGGCCAGUAUGAAAAAUAUUUUCAUGAAUACGUUUGGGUAGAAUUUGCUUUCUUUCUGGAACAAGGGAAUAUUUCUUUAAAACUUUUUUCCAACAUGAUUUAGUGAAAAAGCAAAUGAAAAGCUUUAUAAUCACUAACUGUAUUGAUAUUUCAAUAACAAUAGAUUAAAUUCAAACAAAAUCUUUAAGUACUUAUAGCAACUGGUUUAGUUUUUCUUCAGUCAGUAACUGGUAUAGGCCUAAUUUGCUGUAAUCCAAAGUACUUGCUGAGAAUUAAAAAUAAAACAGGAAAUAUUUGAAAUACUGAGAAGACAGGGCAGCAUCUGUGUACACUGAUUGUUGACCUUUCAUGAGAACUUUGACCUUCAGUAUCCACAGGUGCUUCUUUGCCUCUUUGGUAUUUCCAAUACUUCCAGUUUUUAUUUCUGAUUUCCAGCAUCUGCAGUGUUUUUUUUUCAAAGUUAAUAUCCAGAAGUGGUGUUUCGUGUUAUACCUUUUUUUUUCCCUGUAGGAUUUGAAUGAAUCUUGUAAAAUACCAAUUUUCUACUUGAAGCUGAUAUUUUUUGGAUGUGAUUGAGUUGAUUACAGAUUCAUCUUCAGUUUGGCAGAUCUUCAAAAAUCUUUAUUCUUCAGAGAGAGGGUGAUAAUGGGUUAUUUACCACCUUCUCCUUUGACCAUGGCUAUUAAUAAUUCAUGUCAACUUGUACAUUGGAUACAAGAUGUAUUUUGUUUUUGAAUCAGUGAGGUAUCGCAGGAGACGGCAUUUUAUUUUUUUAAAAAAACAAGAAAAUCUAAUCCCUUUCAAUCAGUGCUUCAACCUGAGGCAUCUCUGACCUGUUUUCAUGCUUCCUUCCAGUGAAGUGCUAUGGAGACAGGUGGGGGCAGGUAGGCAAGUGUACAAGGAGCUUUGUUAGAGGAAAAAGAGGUGUUUUGAUACUUUCCAAAUGUGAAAUUUUGUUAAUGAUGCAGGUGGCACAAAUGUAUUAAUUAGAAAUACAAGCUGAUCAUCUCUUCCUGGUGCUUAAUUACUUCAGAAGGUGAUUAAUGCUCAUGAACGAUUUGACUUGGCCCUUGGUUGGCGAGGUUGUUUUUGUUUCCUUUCUGCUUUGCACUGCCAUCAAGCAUGGACAGUUCAGUUUCCGAUGGAAUGUUGGUUGACAGAGGGAUUGAAGUUUCUUUCUACAAUGCCACAGGUUCCAUUGUCCCAGACCACUAGUAUUUGGGUCAAAUGUGAUAGGUGGAGAUGAUUUUUGCAACGCUGCUACAGAUGUACUUAUGGGAUAUGGGGAAUUGGGCAGGAGAGGAGGAAAGUAGAUCAUGCAUUGGAAUAGAAAACCUGAAACUUUAGAUUUGGGGAUUUCACAGUUCAAUUACCACCUGGCUUAUUACCUAAAAACAGACAAGCACUUAAGUCCAGCAAAGAUGCAAUUCUGGCUUUCAGGGAUGUUUUGGCAUCUAUUGAAAGCAAAAUUUUAAACAUUGCCCAAGGAUAACCCCUUCUAAUCUGAGCUAGUAAAUGUGUGGAUAAUUAUUCUGACAUAAGGAAGGAGUAAGAACCUCCUUUGAAUUUUCCUAAGAAAUUUGAAUCAGUUUAUUUUAUAUCGAGGAUAA